UGUUCAUUUCCAUAUGAUCCAGUCCUGACCAACACGGAGCGUUGAGGGGUUUCUCCCCUGCACGUCUGUCAGAAUGAUUGUAAUUGACGAACCGACUGGGAAUGAAAAGAGCGUGAGAGAAUGCGCGCACUCAUCUACUUACCUGCAAUUUGUGCACGGCGUGCGUCAAGCAGACUCUGCUAAAUAGCGUACUUUUACCCGUCCAUAAUGGAAGAUGUUGAUUCGCGAAAAGUGACCAGCUUCAGCUUGCCACUCUGCGGAGAGACCAAAUAGCCGGCGUGGAGAGAAAAAACGCGAGGGACUAUACUUCAACGCUGAAUCUCGAUUUGUCGCCAUGUUGAACUCUUUCUUCACCGUCGGGUUUACUCUCCUCGCCCGUGUGGCAGUAGCGGCGCCGACGGAUUUCGUGUUGGUAACGGUUCCCGGAGAGAGAGCGGUCAAGUACAUCGUACCCGGCGAGCCGGCGGCGAAGGAAUUAAUUUCGGAGGGUCUGCAGCAGCCACACGGACUUUCUUUCGACACGAAAACCAACACGCUCUACGUAACCGACGUUGCGGCCCAAAAGGUUUUCCGCUACUCGCUCAGUGCCUCGAGCAAAACCGAGCUCACCGCCGGGUCCGCCACGGAGACGGCACGAAACAUUGAAGCCUACUGGUCGGCCGUGGACCCGCGAAGCCAGAGGCUGUUCCUCACGGAAAAGGACAGCAACUUCAUUUGUGCCGUGGACCUGCAGGCGUCGGACGGUUCCUGCAAAGUGACCUACCAGGGCGAGACCACGGCCAACCCGAUCGGCUUGCCGGAACUGAAAUACCCGGCAGGAAUCGACGUGGACGGCCGCAGCUUGUUUUACGGGAACGGGCAGCAAGCGCUCUCCACGGGGAGUAUUUUUAGGGGGCUCCUGACGCCGCCCUCCGAGGCGCCCGUGCUCACCAAGCUCCCGGACGCGGCGAUAACGGACGUCGUGCAGGGAGUGUGCGUCACCCCAUCCAAUGUCUUCUACACAGACGGCGGCGCGAACCUCUUUGCGCUAAAGAAAUGGGGCGGCACGCCCAUGGCGGUAAGCGCCGGUCUGUCCGCGGGGCUGGGGUGCGCGUGGAACGGCGACGGGGCGGUGUACGUCGCGGACCAGCAGGCCGGGGUCUACCGCAUCCCGUCCAACAUGGAAAAGUUGCAACCGCUGUUGCACCUUGAGAAAGUCUCCAGUACGGUCGGGGCCGCGGGGGUGGCCGUAUUUUCAACGGACGUGUCCUAGCGGAUGUGCUACGAGAAAGAUGAGAGACACAGCACGUUCGUAAUCGUUGCACGCAGGACUGGACAGAGUUGCGUUUUACAUUUUUCCACCUUUUUGUCGUCAUGCAAAUGCGCCAGUGGAUGUGGUGUGGAUGGAAGUGUGUAGCUUCCGCGUCGUAGAAGCAUGUAC